UGAGAGACAGACAGAGUAAUAUGUACACAGAAGAAUACAAUCUGUCACAAAGCGAAAAUUCUCAAAAGAAUCAAAAAGUUUAUUAAAGAAAAUCCAAGGUCUAAAAAGAAAAGAAAACUUUUGUUUUAAAUCAUCAAAUAAUCAGUUAAUUAUUGAAUAAAUAUUAAAGUUUUCAUAUUUAAGUGAAAACUUAAACAAUCAAGUGCCAGUGAGGAGAAAUCUGGUGGAUUGUUGAUUGUUUCCUCGACGUCGCGGUCGUCUCGAAAAAAGGAAAAUGAUUUUACCAAGACGGAAAAAUCAUUAGGGGUGUGUUGACGCUGGAGCCAGUUGGUUUGCUGAUACAGAUAAAUCAAGUGGACAAUAAUGCCAAACGAAAAACACACAAACGUAUUUGAUAAGCGCUUUUGCUGGCGCUUCGUAGAGCCUCCAAUAAAUCAGCUAAUUAUUAGUCGACAAUUCGGAGUGCAAAAAGUGCAUUUUAAAGUCAAUUCGAUUCGAAACAUCGAUUGAUCUACAGCCAACGAGAUCCACUAAAAGUAAUGUGAUCAAAAACUAAAAAACAAAUAAAAAUAACUAAAACUAAAUCAUUGCAAAACAUUUCCAAUAACUACUAAAAAUAAAUUGCACUGCAAAUUUCUUCGAGCGCAUUUGCAAAAAAACUAAGAACCUCGAAAAACAGAACAGUAAAAAAACAAUAUUGAAGAACAACCUUUGAUUAAACAAACAAGACAUUAUUUAAUGCAACGUUCUUAAAUGUUUUCUAAUUAAUAAAAAAGAACUAAAUCAACAGAGAGAAAGAAAAAGAAAGGAUCAAAAAGACACACGUCACACCACACUUCCAACACACACGCUGCUCUGUAUCUCACUUAGCCGCCGCACAACGCGACAUCAAAUGGUUUGUAAUGUUGUUUAAUGGUGGUAACUCUGAGGAGCUCGACCCAAUCUCAAAUGUAUUGGGACUGCGCUCUCAGAGACCUCUAGUGCACUUUAAAGACAUGUGGUACCAUAUAUUCCUGUGGGCGCUAUUUUCCUCGAUAUUCAUUCACACAUGCGCCGCCUUGGUCGCUUUCGUAACUCUACGCAAACACAAAUUCGGACGUUUCUUUUCGAUUUUGAUUCUGGUGAUGGGAUUCGCCUCUCCAGCCACCAGCGGACUGAUAAGCAGCGCUGUCAUAGCUUUUGUGCAUCAAGCAUCGUGCCUGCCCAUGUCGCCAAUCUAUUCAAUGAUUUGGGGCGUGGGGCAAACGAUAGUGUCGGCGUGUCUCGGCUUCACACGAAUUCUCGCAACGCUGUGAAGUCAACACUUAUAUUUUAAUGCAAAGGGUGCCCUAAAAUCGUUAUUACUGUUAUUUUUUGGACGAAAAUUUUGUGUUCUUUCUGUUUCUUGUUUAAUAAAUAUUUUGAAUGAAAACGUAAAAUACAUAAAAUACUGAAGCUUGAACUAGCAAAACGGUUCCACUUUAUUUGAUUUCUUUGUUUUUCUGUUUUGCAACACACAAAACAAUGAGAACAUCGUGGACAACCGACGUCGGAAGAAGCAUUCGAAUAAUGAGAAUGCUUUGUAAUUAUUAUUAUAAACGCAAAAAGAAAACACGCAGAGAAAGUUAUAAAUAUAGUUUUAAAAAAUAAAGAAAAACAGAAAACUGCAGCUAAAAUAAAUAUUAUAGUAUUUAUAUUUAAUGCUUA